UGCCCGCCUUGUGCCGGCCUGGCUGGGGAACUGAAUGUCGGCUGUGCGCUGGAACCUUGGGCGAGUCACUUGGGUUCUGAGCCUGGUUCUGCCCGUGUGAAGGAGGGGAGGAUAGCACCCCCCUCAGCAAGUGGUUGUGCAAAUGCUCCGCUGAGUAAAGGGCAGAGCGCUCAGAGGACGCUGAAGCGAUGGGCCGAAGCGGCCGGUUAUUGUUCUUUAAAUCAAGGCCCAGCCUCGCUGGCUUGAAGGGCUGGGAAGUGCGAAGGGGUUGACGUUCAGUUCCGUGUGGAGCCUUUGUUUUGAAACAUGACUCUUUCCCUGCUCUCCUAACGCGGCGGCUGGCUGGCUGACUUCCCCACCAUACUCAAGGUUGAAAAGUUUAGUCUUGGCACUGCCCUGAGCGGGGUCAACAGGAGGGCACCGUAAGCAUUAAGAAGCACAGAACGAGGGGAGGGGGACACUGGUGACCUUGGUUUUUAAUGGUUCCCCGUACUGAUGUCCAGGGAAAUAAAGAUUGAUUAGUACUGGCCUGGCUUGGCCAACAGCACGUGGCCCUUUGAUUUCCCUUCCCUAGUCUUCAUCAGCUGUCCCAGCAUCCAGUGUUUUUAUUUUUUGAGCCCUUGGGUGCUGGAUCGCUGUAAACUUUCCUUAUCUUUGGCCCUAGGAAGCGUAGCAGUCCCAGCGCGCUACCUGGACUUGGAAAGGCUGCUGUUGCUGUGGGUGUCAUUUCUUUCAACUGAGUAAUACGGUCUGAGGUGUCUUGGGAAUGUGGAGUUGAAAAUAAGAAUCGUUGCUUUCUUUGAACUGUGUGCUUCCUUGUCAACUUGAUUUGACUCAGACUGCCUUGUGGGGUGCGCUGGCUAAUGCAAAAAUCCCACAAAAAUUAGUGCCUGCUUGACUGUUUUCUUUCCUGGAGUUCCAAACACUAGGAGACCAAGUUAGUGACUUUACUUAGAAUCUUUAGCGGAGCUAGGUCUGUCUUCUUGUUCCUGAAGGGUGUUAGAGUUGAAGCCUGUGAUCUUAGCUAUACUAGUUUUCCAACCUUUCUAUUCUUGACCUGGAUUUGGUGAAGACUCAUGCAUCCACAUGUAAAUAUAGUUUUCAUAGCACCGUCUAGACUAAGAAUUCUGAAAACCAAACCAAAAACCAGACUCAUUGCCAUUGACUCGGUUUCUUCCCGUAGGAACUUUAUAGGACAGAAAGAACUGCCCCGGAGGCUUUCCAAGGCUGUGAUCUUUACAGACGCAGACUACCGCAUCUUUCUCCUGUGGAGUAACUGGUGGGUUCGAACCACCAACCUUUCAGAUAGUAGCCCAGCAAAACAAAUCCCCACUUUGAGUGUCCUAGUCUUAGAGAUGAUCUGUGUGUCCCUUGCCUUUGGGUGUGAGUUUUUUGUGUGUUGUGUGUGUCUAUAGAGAAUAUGUGACACCUGUGUAGUGUGUAGUGCUUUCUUGGAGUGGGUGGUGAGUAGAAUGCAAAAGGGGAUUCCAAUAAAAACUUGUGUGUGAAGUAUUUAUCACGUAGUGCUGUGAUUUUACCCAGUCCCCCAUCCAUGUCAGUAGCCUGGAACGUCUUAAAACUCGCUUUUUGUGUACAUAUGCAUUUGUAUUACCCUUAACUCAUCCUUACUAAGACAUGGUUUAUUCUAGCAUAUUCUUUCUCCAGGAGUUCUACAAAAACAUCCCAUCUAAAAAUGCAAGAUUUUUCCAUUCCUGAACUUAGACAAACAUUUGAAUUGGCUCUCAUUCUGCAUAAUGUGUUUGGCAAUCAAGCUUGCAUAAUCUGGUAAAGUGGUAAGGAGAUUUAGUGUGGCUCUUUGAUGUACCUUCAUUAAGUCAGAAUUACAUAAAUAUUCAUUGAUUUUGAAGGUUGUCAGAUAUGGCCUAGAAUAUCAUUGUAAGCAUUUGACUUUUUUAGUUCCAAGAUUGUCAGUGGAAACAAUGCCUUGUGCUAGGAACCUACUCAUGGUGGUGAAGUUUUUGAUCUGGGAAGUAUUAACGUCUAACAAACUGCAUCUCCUCUAAUAUAACUCUUAGUUAUGGUCCAGUUACUUCCUAACAAUCUCUUUGGACCCUACUUAAAAAGAAUAAAGGUUGUUGCCCAUAACUUGGGUAAAAUAUGCACAAACAUUGAGACUGUCCUUAAUUUUGAAAGUUCAACUGAGUUUGAGAAAAAGGUUUAGUAAUUCAUUUAAUAUUCUGGCACAGAUUUUUAAACUCCAUUUAAAAAAAUCUCUGUCUUCAUCUCUUUUUAAUUUAUAUCUUUGGUAGGUUUAUAUAUAACUUCUGUUUGGGAUUAUGGGGUAGAUUCCAAUAGAGAUUAAGAACGCAGUGACUGCUCCUUCCCCCUGCCGUUUCUUUAGGAGAUGGGGAACUUCAUGACCUUUAUUGUGAACGUAUCAACAAAGGUCAUGGGUAGCAGCUGACAUCAGGGAAAGGGGAUAUUUGAAAUCUUUCCUAGGUUAAAAUCCAAUGCUUGCUUACUUAGCUAUAAGGAGGUCAAAGACAUUCAUCAUUUGGACAGACUUUGUUUUUUUGGACCAUGACCCAUUGAGAAAUCUGUCUUAAAAUGGACAAAGAGAAAGUUUUGUGUCCAUAUGUAGGUGAAAAGAAUUAGGUCAACUAAAUGAAAUGUCAACCUACAUCAUUAUUUCUGGUUUAAAAGCAUAUUUGGAACAUCUGCAUACUUUUUGUCAUGGAAAAUACUGUUGCCAGUGUUUAGGAAAAACUUCAUUCUUCCGAAACUUUUAAGGUCCCAUGUAAAUCAUCGCCAGCCAUUUUUAUCAAUGAGAUGCAACAUGCAAAUCGUGACUGCUAGGCAAAGGAACUGCCGGUUCUAACGAUACUCUGGAAGUUCUUAGAGUUGAGAGCUUGGAAGCCACGUUUCUAAAAAUGAGCACUUUUAAUCAGUUAACCUAUCUUAGAAUUUUGGUCAAUUUUACAUUCUUUGCUGAAUCUUCUUUCUGACAUAGCAGUCAGAAUUUCCCACUUUUCUUUUUGCUGUCUCCAGUUUCUGUCCUAUAGCAGUACUUCAUUUGAAGUAACCCCUUAUCACCGUAAGCUUGCCCUGUUUUCCCGUCUAACACAGGUUUCACAUGGUUUUGAUCACAUUUUCACUAAGUUUUGAUCUGACAACAUUACCCUGUUCAUCAAAGUCAUUUCUAGCCCAUUUUUAACUGUAUGAACACCGCUACAGUUUCUUCAGCAUUAGGGUUUUCCACUUUCAGCUGUUUAGACUAGUCCAGCCCUCCCAUUUUCUCCCAGUACCCACCCCCCUUCUUUCUUUCUUUCGUUAUAGCAGCUCCCCAGAUCUCGUUUUUCAUCAUGUUUUCCUAGGGUCCUUCAGACGGUCUACCCUCUCCAAAAAGUUGAGUCGCUUUGUGUGUGUGUUUAAUGUCUGAAAUCAGUACCCCUAGGUGUGGCUUACUUCUUGAAGUGCAGAUAGCUAGCUAAUCUGAGAACCAUCUUUUUUCUUUAGUGAUAGAUAAAAUUUAGUAUGUUUUCAAAAAUGUCUACAAGGGGAAAUAAACCUAGAAAGCAUUGAUCCGUUUUUGGUCCGUGACACCCCACCGUUGACUUAAUGGUAUUCAGAACUUUAAGGGGAAGAUAGACAUUAUGACUGGUGCAGCAAUAAAUAAGCAGUCUCAGAGAACUAAAACUUCGCACAUGCGCAUUGAGUAUCUGAUGUGAUUGCCAUGUUUGUGAGAUGUACAGUAUCUGGCUCCAGGGGCAAACCCACUUUCCCUUUUCUUCAGAUUCCACAGUAGUUGGUUGUUGUUGUUUUAAUAAGAUGAUGGCUGAAUCCUCUCAAACAGGAAGGCUUGUGUCUUAUUUAUCUUUCUUUACCCUAAUCUAGUUUCAUGUAUUUUACAGCAAAUAUUCAGUAAAUGGAAACCUUGGUGGUGUAGUGGUUAAGUGCUAUGGCUGCUAACCAAAGGGUCAGCAGUUCGAAUCCACUAGGCGCUCCCUGGAAACUAUGUGGCAGUUCUACUUGGUCCUAUAAGGUCGCUAUGAGUCGGAAUCAACUUGACGGCACUGGGUUUUUUGUGUGUGUGUGUUCAGUAAAUAUUUGAAUGCAGGAGUGAUGAAGAUGUCAUUAGAUGUUAUGUUGGUUUGGAAAUCCUGUCUCUGGCGUAAUUCAUAAUCCUUCUCAGAAUAUGGGAAAUGCUGGUAACGCAAUGGUUAAGGUUUCAGCUUCUAACCAAAAGGUCAACAGUUCAAAUCCAACAGCCACUCCUUGGAAGCCCUAUGGGGCAGUUCUACUCUGUUCUGUAAGUUUGUUGUGAGUCGGAAUCGACUGGACAGCAACAUCAUCUUUUUUCCUUCAGAGUAUAAACUCUUAAAGGGCUGAGAUAAUACCUUUUAACUGUGUGUCCCACAUAUCAUAAUACCAGCAUGAAGUUUAUAAAAAUUUUUAAUCUCUUUGGUUUUUUUCCUAAUGUUCACUUUUUCACGGACACCUCUUGUAAAUAGAAUGCACCCAACAUAUGUGUGUACAAACAUUGAAUGUAAAAAAAAUAAUUCUGUGCCCUCUCUUCUGGCCUUGGAGAGACUCAUUAUUAAGAAUAGAAUUUUAGUAAAAACAUUUUUUGAAAUGCCAUUUUGUGGGUGUGACUUUUAUUGAGUAAUAGGUUUAAUUUUUUUAUUAAGAGAAAACAAAAUCACAUAAUUUGGGAGCUGGAGGGAUUCUUAGAUGCAGAGGUAAAGAAUUGUUUCUUUGCUGGCUGUCGUGUCUUGCAUGAGGGUAGUUCCCUGGUAAAGGCUGUUCUGUAGCGUGUAGAAUGGUCUGCACUGUGAUGGAGAGGCAGUCAUGCGUGGGGCAGAUUUACAUGUGGUCUAUGGCCAUGUGGUGUGAUUCACACACACACCCAAAAUGCCUCUCACAUAAGGGAAAAAAAAUCUCUCUGUUUUUUGCUGCGUAGAGCUUUACAGUGAUUUCUUAAAUGAAUAGAACUUUUUGUUUCCAAAUGGACGUAGCUGUUCUUUGUAAAAUAAAAAUUCUAUUAAAAAAUUUCUGAAAUCAUUCAACUUUUUUUUUUUUUUUAAACUAACAGGUACUUAUAGAACAAUUUCUCCCAUGUAGGAAAGUGGAAUUAGUCGAUAUUUUAAAAAGGGGUCUCAUAAUAGAAAACACGGAUCUAGGUCAACUUCCUCGUUUUCCAGCUGAAAAUCUGGGGGCCAGAGAGGAGUGAGUGAUACCAAGCUACUGAGGCUAAGUAGUUGGGAGUUGGCACAUUGGGGCUUAAAAAAAACCCUAUUGCCAUUGAGUCAACUCCAACUCAAAGCGACCCUAUAGGACAGAGUAGAACUGCCCCGUAGGGUUUCUAAGGAGUAGCUGGUGGAUUCCUCUUGGUUAGCAGCUGAGCUCUUAACCACUGUGCCACCAGCGCUCCAUAUUGGGGCUUAGAAGUAAAAAAAAAUUAGAACUUUGAAUAUUCACACAGUUGAGUCUUCUCUCUUUCCUUCACUCACCUUCCCCUUCUUCCUGUCCCCUCUGCCCCGUUCUCCUCUUUCCUUUAAAUGUUUCUGUGGGUGUGUGAGGUCCGUUCCUAGUAAGGCUCCUUAAUGCUGCCCUGUGCUUAAAGCAGUAGAAUAACAAUAAUGAAUGGCAGAACAGUCUCAGAGGUUUCUGAAUUUAGUCGUUCUAGUGAUAAUGUUUGAUGUGGAUGCUAGUGAUGAACAUAGGUUUUAUCUUAGUUUUUAAAUUAAAAGCAAGUUUUAGCUCUUAUUUUUGAUCUCAUAGAUGAAUUAAUGGAUGAGCUAUAGGAAGUCACACUCCUGCUUUAGUAUCACUGCCUGAAAAUCAUACAGAAAAAAACCACGUUUCUUCUGUGGUGUACUCAGAGCCUGAAAGGGCUAGUGUUUGAAAGCUUGGACGUUUUAAGCUGAAACGUGUUGGGGAAAUACACUCAGAGAAAGCAUAGGCCAUGGCCUUUCGUCAGCUUCUAGCAAGGAUGGAGUCUUUAAUUGAGAUAAAUGAAUUUUACCUCACUCGCUCACUCACUUUGUUGUUGUGGCCUGGUGCCAACGCAUAGCGACCCUAUAGGACAGAGUGGAACUGCCCCGUAGGGUUUCCUAGGUGAACGCUGGUUGCACGAUGGUUAAGCACUCGACUACUAACCAAAAGGUCAUGGAUUCGAACCCACCAGCGGCUCUGCAGGAGAAAAGACCUGGCAAUGUGCUCUUGUAAAGAAUUACAGCCUAAGAAGCCCGAUGAGGCAUUUUUACUCUGUCCCACAGAGUCUUUGUGAGUCACAGUCGACUCGGCGGCACACGACAGUAACAAUAACGACAAUCUUCAUGGGAGCAGAUCACCAUACACUACUUGAAAUCCCACUUCUCUUAAGCACAAGAGCCAAUUUUAAAAUGAACCACCCCGCACCAUGGGACUCUUACUACAGCUGUGUUUGCAAAUUUCAGAAGUACCCACUGUAAGUGCCAUUAUUAAUGCCUUUGACUGAUGACCCAUUUAAAGGGGCACUAGACUUCAAGGAUGUAAAAUUAGGAUACCCUAGAUCUUGGCUGAGACCUACAAAGGAUAAUUAAUUUUUAUAUCCAGAAGGACCUUGGGAAUUAUUUAGACCAUUGAUUCCCAGAUGUUUGAAUUUAGAAACCACUGCAGCUUCAAAGGCCCAAAACCACAGGGGGAAGAUAUGGGUUAUUGAAUAAAGAGUUCUCAGAUAUGACUUUAAAAGUAAGGGCAUGACAAACACACGGACACAAAGAUAAGAACUAAUUUCCUUUUGCCAUCAUUUCAUAAAAAAGAGCCCAUUAACAUUUGCAUGCGCAGAGGAGAGCUAGUUCGCCCAUCAUCUUGUGACAGAAGACAGUGAAAACUUCAAUAAGCUAGAAGCUGUUCUACUCCAGCACGCGUGGGGGCGCCAUGAGUAGGAGUCCUCUCCGCGGCAACUGGUUUUUGGAGCCCCUGGGUAGUUCAUAUGGCCAAGCACUUGACUAGUAGCUGAAAGGGUGGUUCAAACCUACCUUAGAGGUGCCUCAAAAGACAGGCCUGGCUAUCUGCUGCUGAAAAUGCUACGGAGCAGUUUUGCUCUGCACACAUGGGGUUGCCAUGAGUUGGAAUCAACUGGGUGGCAGAUCACCAGGCCUGUCUUCUGACGUGCCACUGGGUGGGUUUGAACUGCCAAAUCUUUGGACUAGCAGUCAAGCACUUAACCGUCUACGGCACCCAAGGACUCUUUCUUCUAAGAUAGGGAACUGUAGACUAUGGCCCAGGGGCCAGUGGGGCCCACCCAGCAUCUGUUUUUGUACAACAGUCUGCCGAGAUUUUGCUGUCUUGGAGGACCACACCCUGGCCCACAGCCUGCAGGAACAGGAGAUUGAGCAUCAUUUGGCGUCGAACGUUCAGCGAAACCGUUUGGUCCAGCAUGACCUCCAGGUGGCUAAGCAGCUGCAGGAGGAAGAUCUGAAAGCCCAGGCUCAGCUCCAGCAGCGCUACAAAGACCUUGAACAACAAGACUGUGAAAUUGCUCAGGAAAUCCAGGAGAAGCUGGCGAUUGAGGCGGAGAGACGACGCAUUCAGGAGAAGAAAGAUGAGGACAUAGCUCGCAUUUUGCAAGAAAAAGAGUUACAGGAAGAAAAAAGGCGAAAGAAACACUUUCCAGAGCCCUCUGGACCCAGUGCUUAUGGAGAUAGUUACUAUUAUGAAGAUAGAGACCAGCCAAGGUCAAGGAGGGCCAGGGAAUUGGGUUCUGAAUUCUCAAGGCCUUGUAGACUCAAAAAUGAUGGAAAGCCUGUGAAGCGGAGGAAGGAGAAACCAAAAGCUCUGCUGGAUAACUCGGAAGACCUGGAAGAGCAUUGGUCACCAGAGCGAUCCUCUCACUGGGGCAAAGUGAGGGACAACCCCCAGAUCAACAGUGAGCACCAUGAAAGGAAGCAGUGUGGUCGUGAGAGACUCCCGAAACCUCCCCUUCCCAAGAUCGGUGGAGAGGUGUUUCUGAGCACUGGAUCUGAUGACUGGGAGGCUGACAGUAGCCAUCGAACUCCGAGCUGGAGGAAACAGUCCCGACACCAAGAGGGACUUUCACCAAAGUCCCCACGGAAAGCCGGGCUUCACUGCAAGGAAGUUGUAUAUGGGAGGGACCAUGGGCAGGGUGAGCACAGAGAAAGGAGAUACAGGCCAAGGACUCCUCCAUUUUCAGAGAGUGAGGAGCAGCUCCACCUCAGUGACACAGGAAUGAAACCAAGAGGGGUGAGAGAAGCCCUCUCCACUCCAUCGCGAGUGACCCACAGGGAUCAGGAGUGGUAUGAUGCUGAAAUCGCCAGAAAACUGCAAGAAGAAGAACUUUUGGCUACCCAGGUGGACAUGAGAGCAGCUCAGGUGGCCCAGGAUGGGGAAAUUGCUCGACUGCUGAUGGCUGAAGAGAAGAAAGCUUAUAAAAAAGCCAAGGAACGGGAAAAAUCAUCUUUGGACAAAAGGAAGCAUGACACCGAGUGGAAGCCCAAAACAGCAAAAUCAGCACACCCAAAGUCAAAAGAGAGCAAUGAACCCCACCGUUCUAAGAAUGACAGGUCCGCACGGCUUCCACCCUCUGCCGUGACCGAUGCUCAGGACUUGGAUCAUGCCCGUUUUACAAACCAGCAUCAUUCAACACGUCAGUUCACAAAAGCGGAACCCUCUCAGAAAGGUUUCCACAAGCAUUAAAAAUCUAGGAUUCUGCCUUGAAAUGGACUCACUGUAGCAUGUAUUACCGGAUGAUACAGAAUGCAUUCUACGUUUAUUUUUUCCUCAUAUAUUUGCAUUCCUGGGAUUUAUCCUCAAGUUUUUUCUGGCCAUGAAUACUUUAAUGCAUUUCAAAUGUUUUGGUUAUUCCUGAUCACGUGGGCAGUACAAGAAAAUCUAGCUUCUGAAUAUUGGCCACUUGUGUGCCUCACAUGCUUCCUGGGAUUACAGUAGUGAAGAGCUCUAUAAAAUGCCAUUUUUGUUAGGGUUAGAGUAUUGGUAUUUAGGGACUAGGCUUUAUACAGCAGUUAGAAUUUUAUGAAGAUGAUCAAAAUAAAGUGUAAUGUUUGGAUGCAAUGCAGAAUAAAGAAUAAAAGAAAUAA